CGCACCAUACUAAGAACAUUUCAGAAAUAAAGAAUCGAACUCUUUCUGACGUUUUAGAACUUUAUUACAACAAGAUAUAUACAAAAGAAAUAAGAAUUGAGUAAUGAACAACAAAGAAGGGUUAGUUUGCAUGGGUUGUAAUGAAAGAUUUGUUAGAUUGCAUAUUAUGGAUUGCUCCCAUAUAUUCUGCGAUAGAUGCAAAGACAAUGUUUUAAUGGAUAGAUGCUGUAUUUGUUUAAAAAGAGCAGUUCACUCUAGAGUAGCAACAAGAUUAAUGAAAAAUGAUAGAAUGGUGAUUAACUUUUCUGCUGCUGAUAAAAAACCAGAAAAUAAAAAAAUUCGACCGAUUCUUAAUGAAAUUAAGAUAAGGUCAGAGAAGAAAUUGGACAAACUUUUUUCUCCUAAUGUUAUUAUGAAAGACAGACGAUAUCGUAAAGAGUUAAAGAUUAAGCCUUGUACUUUAAUAAAAGAUAUAAAAAGUUUAAAAGAACAAUCAAAAAUGAAAUAUUCUCAAAAAGAAGUUGCUUUGGAAAAUGAAGAAAUGGAGAUGGAUAAUACAGCUGAAACUAGUUGGGAAAACCUUUUAAUUGAGAAAAAUAGACAAAUAAAAUCUUUGAGAGACGAAUUGAUCUAUUUAAAAAGCGAAAAUAAGCAAUAUAGGGAGUUAAUGGCUAGAGCGUUUUCAAAAUUAUCGGCCGAAGGAGCAGAGGUCGUAAAAGAAAAACUAAAACUAAAAUUGGACUUAAAGCUAAAAAGAUCCGAGUUAUCAACAAGCUCUUUAAAGUCAAUCGACGACAAACAUGGUUUCUUUGGUUUAACUAAACGUGAUUUCAAUGAUGCAAGCUCAGGAGACAAGCUGGAGAAGGCAUUCUCUGCUAGCGAAGAGAUGGAUUAUAAACCUAAGAAAGCGAAAGAGAUGAGAAAAACGCUAAACUUUCAGACGAUAGGAGUGGAAAAUGAAGAUAUGAUUAAUGUUUGUUAAAAGAUUUUAUUUAAAUAAUUUAAAGUAAAAUUAAAGAUUUGUAUCAUUGAAUUAUUGUUAUUUAAAGACAUUAUUAACUUUUGAACAAGUUAUGAUCGUAAAGAGAGGCAAUUCUGU